UUUACUUUCGUUUUCGUGACAUCGAAUGUGACAGCGCAGUGGGGGCAAAGGUCUGAACAAAAACUCCCAUUCGUCAUCUCAUUUGUUAAAACGAGCAUUGAAAGCAUGGAAGCUAAACUCAAUCAGCUGGAAUGCCUUUUCACAUGGGGGGUGGAAAAAUCUGACAUAAGAGAUUUUAACAUUUUGCCGGAAAAACUCCAUGACAGGAUAAAAUUUUGCCCACAGACCUAUCAUGCCACAUUUUUCAACAUUCUGGCAUUCAGCAGCCACUUGGAUGGCAAAACGGAAAGAGCGCUGGAUUAUCUUCAAAAGGCUGAGUCAGCAUUAGAAGAAGACAAAAGAAAAGAUGGCGACUACCUGGUAACAUUCUCCAGUUUUGCAUGGAUCCACUAUCACUUGCAGAACCCCGAAGAUGUGGAAAAAUACCUGAUGAAGGUGAAAAGUAUUUGCAUGGAAAAAGGCUCGUCGGAUAACUCUUGCAACCCGUCCGCAGUGGAUGGUGAGAAAGCGUGGAGCUUUCUGAGGCUUGGAGGAUCAUUUUACGAGCGAGCGAAGGAGAGUUUUCAGAAAGCUCUUGAAGCAGAACCAGACAAUGUGUUGUAUAACGUGGGCUAUGCAGUAGUGCUAUAUAGAAUAGAAGGUAUGAACAGAGAAAGGCAAGUUAGUACAGAAAACAGUGAAACAGUCACACAGCUCAGAAAGGCUCUCAACCUUGAUCCCACAAAUACUGAGAUUAUGGUGCUGUUGGCCCUGAAACUCCAAAGCUUAAAGCGACAAGAAGCCCAGAAGCUCAUAAAAGAAGCCCUCAGGCUGUCCCCUGAUGUCCCGCAGGUGACCAGAUAUGUGGCUAAAUACUUCCGAGCAGAGGGCUCCAUUAAAGAAUCACUAUCAAUCCUUGAGAAAGCAGUAGAGUUGGCUCCAAACUCAUCUUUCCUGCAUCAUCAAAUCGGUCUUUGCCAUAAGCAGCUUCUUAUUCAGAUGUUGGGGGAGAGGAGGCCUGGAAGACGCUUUCCUGCCGCUCAAAUAUCUGCUAAGGCAGCCGAAUGUAUCCUGCACUUUUCAAAGGCUGUAGAGCUAAAAGCUACCAACAUUUACGCCAAAGUGAAUUUAGCAGAAGCCUACGGUGAGAACCGACAACAUGGAGAGGCAGAGAAGAUCUUUACCAGCCUGAUAAGCGACACGUCUCUCAGCGAUUUUGAAAAGCAGCACUGCCACACCUCAUAUGGUUUGUUUUUGCUCUACAAGAGAAAGGAUGAUGAAAAAGCAAUCGGUCAGUUCAAGAUAGCAUACGCGAUUCCCAUAUACAGCUAUGACAGAAAAAACACUGGCAAGAAGCUCAAACAGAUUGCAGAGAAGCGUCUCAACACACGUAACAAAGUCAAAGAAGCAUUUUACAUUUUGGCUUUUGUAUCUGCUGAAGACAAAGAAGAGGCACAAGCGGAAAUAUAUCUCAAGAGAGCCCAACAACACUCAGAUACUGAUAUGCUUUCAGAAACCUUUGCCAAGGGAAUGAGAAUAAAACAUAACUGAACUGUUACUUGUCCAGUUCAUAUAUUUCGCAAAAGACUUGCUAUUAUUAGUAAUGCCUUACACUGUAGAAAUUUGCUGUAGUUUUUGCAGCAGGUUUGCCAUUACUGCAGACUUAGUAUAAUUUCCAAUUAGAACUGUUUUCAAUUUAAUCUAAAUAAAAAUACAUUGACUAGAUUCAAAAUGAGCAAGAAGAGACUGGCAUUAGCACAGCAACACUCCAAAAACAGAAUAUUUUCUCAAAAAGUAUUAAGUUCAAUUACAAUACAUUUACAUAAGAAAAGUGACCAGAUACUUAGUCUUGUUUUUAUGAAAGAAAAAUAUACAGCCUAGGUAAAUUUAUGCUUAAACCAAAAUUGUACAUGUAAUCUACAAUAAAUUACUGGCAAACCUGCUGCAAAAUUAGAGCAAUGUUUUAAAGUGUACUGUACUCUUUAUAAUCUAUAUUAAACAUUUUAAUUUUGCACAUGGCAUAUAAACAGUCUGGCACGAAAUGGCUGUUUACACAGAAUGCAAUAAUAUCCUGUAUAAGUUAUUGAAUGUAAUAUGUUAAUCAAUCUAAUUUACAUUAAUAAAAAUAUAGCCUGAAACCAG